CAUCGGGUGCCUGCCAUGGUGCCACUGGGUGCCCCUUGUUCCCACGGGGGGGUCCACGGGGUGCCUGCCGUGGCACCCUUGGGUGCUUACCCUGCUUCCCACUGGGUCCCCACGGCCGUGCCCACAGACGACAUCAGCUGCGCGUUGGGGCAGUGCCUGAAUGCCACGCGGCGGCCGACGGUGGAGGAGUUCGAGCGCUUCCUGCCCUGGUUCCUCCACGACCUCCCCACCCUGCAGUGCGCCAAGGGCGGCCUGGGCGCCUACGACACGGCGGUGAGCAUGGACGCCAAAGGCACCAUCAUGGCCUCGCGCUUCAUGGCGUACCAGCGGCCGCUGCGGACCUCGCAGGAGUACACGGCGGCGCUGCGGGCCGCCCGCGCCCUGGCUGAAAACAUCACCGGCACCCUGCGCCAGGUGCCCGGCACCGACCCCGAUUUCCGCGUCUUCCCCUACACGGUGACGUACGUGUACUACGAGCAGUACCUGACGGUGGUGGGCGAGGGCCUGUUCACGCUGGCGCUGUGCCUGGUGCCCACCUUCCUCGUCUCCUUCAUGCUGCUGGGCAUGGACCUGCGCUCCAGCGUCGCCACCCUCAUCACCAUCACCAUGAUCCUGCUGGACACCGUGGGCAUCAUGGCCCUCUGGGACAUCCCCUACAACGCCGUGGCCCUCAUCAACCUCGUGGCGGCCGUGGGCAUCUCGGUGGAGUUCGUGUCCCACCUCACCUGCGCCUUCGCCCACAGCACCAAGCCCACCCGCGUGGAGCGCGCCGCCGAGGCCACCAUCACCAUGGGCAGCAAGGUGGUGGCCGGGGUGGCCAUGACCAACCUGCCGGGCAUCGUGGUGCUGGCCUUCGCCAAGGCGCAGCUCAUCCAGAUCUUCUUCUUCCGCCUCAACCUCAUCAUCACCCUCGCCGGCCUGGCGCACGGCCUCGUCUUCCUCCCCGUCCUCCUCAGCUACAUGGGACCCAGUCCCCGGGCGACACCGGGGGACAGCAAGGACAGCGCGGGGCCGGACGCGGGGCUGGCCCUGGGCAACCCCUGCUUCGAGGGCUCGGUGCGCCAGCAGCUCUGAGCCCCCGCCGCCCCCCACCGUGCCCCGUCCCGCUGCUGCUUUUUAUACCGCGGUCGUAUUUAAACUGGUUUUCUUAGAGCCAGUGACUGGGUUUAACUGGGCAGGGCGUGGGCACGCAGCAUACAGAAAGUGCAUCGGC